UAGUUGUACUCGGACUGUUAGCGGGCGUUGUUGUUACAAGGUCUGCCAUUUUGAUUAGAAGUACUUCGCGCAGCAGAUGGUGUAAAUUGGGCCUUCUGGAUAUUAUUGUAGUACUUUAAAUUAAGGCUACAUUCCUGCAGGAAUAAUGCUUUCUGCCGCCCAGUUACUCGAUGAGUUGAUGGGUCGAGAUAGAAACUUGGCCCCUGACGAGAAGCGGUCCAACGUACGCUGGGACGACGAGAGCGUCUGUCGGUACUAUUUGUGUGGCUUCUGCCCUGCCGAGUUAUUCACAAACACCCGCUCUGACUUGGGUCCUUGUGAGAAAAUCCAUGAUGAAAAUCUUCGAAAAAUGUAUGAGAAAAGCUCUCGCUUCAUGAAGGAAGGUUAUGAGCGAGAUUUCUUGCGCUAUCUGCAGUCACUCCUGGCAGAAGUGGAGCGGCGGAUCCGCAGAGGGCAUGCCCGGCUUGCGCUUUCCCAGGCUCAGCAGAAUGCAGGGGGCCCUGGUCCAUCAGGAAAGAAUGAGGAGAAAGUCCAGGUUCUAACAGAGAAGAUCGAAGACCUGGUUGUGCAGAUUGAAGAGCUGGGCUCUGAGGGCCGAGUGGAGGAGGCCCAGGGAAUGAUGAAACUGGUGGAGCAGCUGAAGGAGGAGAGGGAACUACUCAGCUCCACCCCCUCGACCAUCGAGAGCUUUGCUGCCCAGGAGAAACAGAUGGAAGUGUGUGAGGUGUGUGGGGCCUUCCUCAUUGUGGGCGAUGCACAGUCCCGAGUGGACGACCACUUGAUGGGGAAGCAGCACAUGGGCUACGCCAAGAUCAAAUCCACUGUAGAAGAGCUCAAGGAAAAACUGCGCCGUCGCUCUGAAGACCCUCAGGGUGAAAACCCAGCCCUCAAAAGAGAACGAGAAGAGCGGGAACGGGAGAGGGAGGAAAGGGAGAAAAAGCGCAAAGAGGGGGAAGAGAAGGAGAAGGAGCGCGAAAAAGAGCGAGAGAAGGAGAGGGAACGAGAGAGAGAGCGAGAGCGUGAAAGGGAGAGAGACAGAGAAAGAGAGAGGGAGAGAGAGCGGGACAGAGAAAGAGAGAGGGACAGGGAGAGGGACAGAGAGAGGGAUAGGAGGGCACGUCGAAGCCACUCUGGCAGCCGCCACUCCAGUCGAGCAUCGGACAGGAAACGGAGUAGAUCCCGCGAGCGCCGGAGGUCCAGGAGCAGAGACAAGGACAGGGACAGGGAACGCAAACGUAGCAGGAGCCGGGACAGAGAGAGAAGACGCAGCCGUGAACGCUCCGACAGGAAACGCCGCUCCCGAAGUCGUGACAGAAGGAGAUCGCGUAGCUCAGAGCGCAAAUCUCACCGCCACCGCAGCCGUAGCCGAAGCAAGGACCGGGACAGGGAUCGGGAAAAGGAGAGAGACAGAGAGCGGUCAUCAAAAGACAAAGACCGUAAGGGUACAGAGGAGAGGAGCAGCUCUAAGAAAGACAAGCACUCAGACGGAGAUGCAGCCGCCAUCAAGGCUUCUUCAGAAGCGGAACCGAUGCAGACGGAGGCGGCUGCCUUCUCCCCUCUGCUAAACGGCCAGCAAGAGCUCCUCCAUUCUGAAGGUGACACUCAGUCCAAUUAAAACUGAUCUGAUAGGACCUCAGAUCAGGCUCAGGGGAAGCUGGAAUAUCUGGUUGAGGAAGAAGUUGAAGAGUGCACCCAUCCUUACCCUGAACCUGAUACUUCGCUGCUUAAAAACAAGGUGAACCACAAAUGUGUAAUGGCUUAUUUAAAGAAACAUGAAUAUAAAUUAAAACACGUAAAAUUGAGGAGAGAGGACAGAAUGCAUCGAUUUUUCUUGUUCCAUUACCUGUUCAUCUUUUGGCUGGAUAAGGAUAGUUGUGGUUCAUCUGUUUAUCUGAUUUUACUGGUCAAGAUGUCAGCCAGACAUCACUUAACAAACCAAACUUAGAGAAACUCUUUAUGGAUUUUUGUUUUUUAUUUUGAAACUCUUUCCACAUCCUCCGUGUUUCUUGGCAUUUAGUGAAAAUAAAAUAAAAUGAACAGUGCUUGUGGUUUGUAUUGAUUUGUCAGGUUCUACUUCACUUCCUGACCUCCCUUCUUUUCUUCUUUUUUUUUUAAAGUCAGCUGAAGCGUAUGUACAGUGUUAGACCUUUUGAGACGAGCAGUGUCUUCUUUUCUCCUCUACUUUAGAGCUCAUUUUGAUCGCUCUUGUUCCAUAACUGUAAAAUACUCUGAUUUAAUUUUGAUCAAUUUUGGAGACUUAAUUUGUUUCUCUUUUUGCCCUGCUUUUAUUGUCCAUGUUGUACCAUGAUGAAUAAAAAGCAAAAUCUUGUCAA